ACUUCACACCACCGCGGUACUUCCCGAAGCGCACACGCCUCCGCCACGAUCUCGAAUACCAUCUCGAUCGAAACUCGAUCGGAACGCGAACUCGAAACUAAACAAACGUGUGUAAUCAUUGAAAACCGUUCAACUUCAAACGCGCGUAACGUAGCCCUAUGCGGAAUUUAAGGACAGAUAGUGACGUGAUAUGGUUCCCGAAAGUGAUAUUUGACACCAGUUUAUACGAUUGUUUGUGACAAAACAUUAUCAAUUAGACAUUUCGAAAUAUCCGAAAUGCUUGGGACUUUGUGCUGAUAUUACCUACUUCGUUUUAGAUUUUAAAUAAUUUUCGAGCACACUUCGAUUUCGACGAGCCGAUCGCCGUUGGAAGCGAACACAGACCCAUUGAAUUCGAGCAGUUAGUCCGCGCCGCCGCAGACAUCCCCCGCAACCCGCCCGCAUAGGAUGGUAGAAACUGACCCCGGGCCCAAGAAACCUCACAAUUGUGAUGUAAAAAGGGACCACCAGCUAAACGGGCCAGGCUCCAAAAAUACUGACCUAGGUGUCAUUCCUUCGCUGAAGACACCAGUCAAGGCGGACCCGGAGAAAGGCAUCCCGGAAAAAGCUGAUUUCGAGAGGGCUAUAGAACUAACUGGAUAUGGACGGUUCCACUACCUGCUGCUGGCAGUAUGCGGCCUCGUCAGCACCUCCGAGGAGAUGGACGUCAUCUCUAUGUCGUUCAUCUUGCCCUCGGCACAGUGCGACUUAGACCUCACCACACAGACUAAAGGAUGGCUGAACAGCAUAAUCUUCAUCGGCAUGAUGGUGGGCGCUUACGCGUGGGGCUCCGUGGCCGACUCGCUGGGGCGCAAGCGCGUGCUCAUCGCCAUCUCGGUGGUCAACGCGCUCGCCAUCGUCGCCUCUUCCUUCAGCCAGAACUACGAGCUCUUCAUGCUGUUCCGCUUCAUGAAUGGUGCUGCGCUCGGUGGAUCAGGCCCGGUCAUCUGGUCAUACUUCGCCGAAUUCCAGCCCAAAAAGAAGCGAGGUGCCAUGUUGAGUUUUAUGGCUGCUUUCUGGACUCUGGGAAACCUGUUCGUCGCUGGUCUGGCUUGGGUCAUCAUUCCUAGUGAAAUCGGAGGAUCUACCGGCGGUUUCGUGUACAACUCAUGGCGUAUAUUCUUGCUCGUCAUGUCACUGCCGUCCUUCGUGGUUGCCGCUCUUCUUUUCUUGCUGCCGGAGUCGCCCAAGUUCUUGAUCUCCAACGGGCGCCACGACGAAGCCCUCGAGGUCUUCCGAAGCAUCUACCUCAUGAACACCGGCCGCAGCAAGGACGAGUACCCAGUAAAACAGAUCCUCAUCGACGAACCCAUGCACACCAAGCCGGAGAAGCAACAGCCCCUCGAACCGAAACCGCCCAAGUCCAAAAUGAGGAAAAUGUUCAGCGACAUCGUGGAGCACAGCAAACAGCUGUUUGUACCGCCUAUACUCAAGUUCACUAUGAUCUCUAUCACGAUCAACUUUACAUUCCAUAUCGGAUACUACGGCCUGAUGAUGUGGUUCCCCGAGAUGUUCAACCGCUUCGACGAGUGGUCCCGCACCCACGACAACGCGGAGGCCGACAUCUGCCAGGUCACGGCCUACGUCACGCAGCACGGCACCCACUCGGCCACGGCCACCUGUGACGCGCACAUACACUCCGACGUGUUCAUGGACUCGCUGAUCACGGUCGCUGCCGCUAUACCCUCGAAUAUCUUCGCUGUGCUCGGAAUGGACAGGCUUGGAAGGAAAUUCUUCUUGGUGUUCGCCACAUUCUCUGCGGGUCUGUGCUCGGCCGCCAUGUACUUCGUGUACAACAAGACCAACAACCUGAUCGUGAGCGCCAUCUUCAGCUCCGUGAUAUCCUGCGGUAACGCGUCUCUCGACUGCCUCAUCACAGAAGUCUUCCCUACCAACUUGAGAGCGACGGGUGUAGCCAUAUCCAUGGUGGCGGCCCGUCUCGGCGGCAUCAUCGGCAACGUGGUAAUAGCGGCGCUUCUGGACACGUACUGUCCCGCGCCCACCUUCAUCGUGGCCUUCCUACUGGCCAGCGGCGGUCUUAUGUGCCUCUUCCUGCCCAACACCACACGGACGGCCUUGCAGUAACGCGGCUACAACUCUAGAAGACCAACUACAAUUCUAGAAGAACCAACACCAACUCUAGAAGGACCAAAAAGACGCCUUUUAAAAGUAGACCUAUGCAAUCGACAGGAACGCUCCCACGCGUUCCAAUGUCGAGUAUGUUCCAAGUAUUUUUUACUCCGUGUUAAGACUGUAAUGAGCCGUUGUGAUUAUCAUCAUCGAACGAUUCACCGAUGUAACUAGUUAUUCACGUGUACAAUAUUGUAUUUACAAAAGAGUUAAUUUAUGGAAUGAACUUUCCUUUACCAUUGACUGUUGUAGGUUGUUAUAACUUAUUUUGUUAAUACAAACUACACUGAAACAAAGUUUCACACAUUUUAUUAGAAGUAUUAUAGAGUAAGCGUCAUUCAUUAUUUUGUUGUAUAUUGCAACUAUUUUCAUAUUACGAAUUUAUAAAUUAGAAAUUGUUACCGUAGUUUUAGUUUAGAACGUAGUGAGUAAAUAAAGUUUUGCGAGUUGUGAUAUGAAAAUAAAUCGCAUUUUAAAUGUACCUUUUUAUUGCCUCAUAAAUUAAAUGAAUACUGUCAACAAUAAUAAAUUUUUGGCCUAUGAAAAAAAAUUCUAACAUUCGUCACACAAAGAAAGUAAGGAAUCAAGAGUUUCUGCAUUGUAUAUAUUGCAUUUUACAAUUUAUAAUAGAUACAGAUUUUUAAUUUAUAAGAGAUAUUUUUAAACAAAAUGUUGCACAAAUAGUAAAUCAUAAAUAACUUGC